UAUUUCUGCAUCAGCUUCUUUUUUGUUUGUUCAUGUGUGUUUUAAAGUGGCAGAAGGAUUUAAUGCAAAAGGAUGGCUGGUGAAGACACGUUUCAGAAGUUUUGGUUGAGUUAAAUGCAAUGGUGUAAUGGUAGCUGAUGAGGUGAGUCGGCUGAUUGAAGACGGGCUCCUGUGGAUCCUGGCCAUGGAUGAAGAGUUGACGCCUUUGGACUGCCUGCUGCCCUCAGGCACGCAGAGGAUCUGUCUGAUCAUUCUGAACCAGCCUCUGGACAAGGACUACCUACAUAUCCUCUGGAGUAAAGCUCUCCUGAGGGCUUGUGCUGAUGGAGCUGCCAAUCACCUUUAUAACAUCACUGCUGGAGUUAGAGACAGCUUUCUCCCCGACUAUAUCAGUGGGGAUUUUGAUUCCAUUACUGCCGAGGUCAAAGCGUUCUAUGCAGACAAGGGGUGCAAGCUAAUAGAAACAGCCGACCAGGAUCUAACAGACUUCACCAAGUGCCUUGCAAUUAUGCUGGAGGAGAUUCAGAGACGAAAGUUACAGGUGGAUGCCAUAGUGACACUGGGAGGUCUGGCUGGCAGAUUUGACCAGACAAUGGCAUCAGUUGAGACCCUCUUCCACGCUUUGACCAUGACACGACUCCCCCUGUUGAUCAUACAGGAGACCAGCCUGGCAUACCUGCUCCGUCCCGGCAGCCACAGACUGGAGGUGAACACAGGCCUGGAGGGUGAUUGGUGCAGUCUCAUUCCAGUAGGUGGACCCUGCCAAACAAUCACGACUGGACUGAAAUGGAACCUGAAUAACCAGGUCCUGCAGUUUGGGAAGCUGGUGAGCACCUCCAACACCUACGAACCUGUUGCCCCUGGAAACCCCAGGAAGCCUGUAACCGUGACAACAGACCAGCCUCUGCUCUGGAGCAUGGGCAUCAGAAAGGAUGGGGAGUGACAUGUCAGAGAUUCUUCUUCUCAGGCAGUAUUUGAAUAAUCAGAACAUGAGUAUACUUUUCUACAGCUGAGCUACGGCAAAGUCACUAGUUUUAUAUGUUUUAUACAGCGUGAUGUAAAAGAAGGAAAAUGCAGACAGUAUUAUCACACGUGGCCAAAAAUCUCACUGAAGUGUGGUGUGAUAUAUAAUGAACGAGACGCGGUCAGCUCUGUUGGAAUAUAUACGAAAAUUCCAAAUUAACUAAGAGCUGAUCUUUUUUUUUUUUUUUUUUUAGUUGUUGUACCAUAGCGGCCAUCUUUGUCAAGGCCAUUUACUGCAUUCUUUCAACACUUGCAUCGGAUUUUAUGCAACACUUGGAUUCACUUUUUCACUGUGCAGGGUUAAAUUCAAAGUUUAUAUGAAUAUGCACCAUAUACAACCAAAAUCCAAGCCUUAUUCCAUACCAGCAUCUUGUUCCCUUCAUUUAAACACACUGAAAUGACAGCAGCUCACAAAAUUUAAAAGAGCAAUCACUAUACCUAAAGUACAUCCUCCU